AAGGGCAGCAAAAGUCGCAAAAAUACUCGAUCGUUUUGGCGAAUUCUUUGUUUUUUCGCGGAUAAAUUCCCGGACUGCCAGUGGUAGGAACGCACCACGCAGUUCCACGAAUCGUGCGACGUAUUCCGCGGAAUGUCUUCCAGGUGCAGCAGCAGCAUCCGAGAAGUGCAAACCCGCGGCCCUCCGUGUGCUCCCGCUGGGAUUCGCUAAGAGCAGGCAGUUCUGCAAAAGCUGAAAACAACGCCCGCCUAUAAGCCUAUACAGCUGAUGGCAUGAGCAUCGUCACCCUCGGCGCCAGAGGAAGCGUCUUGUGAAAAGCGAAUCGAAGGAAAUGAGUGCACGCGGGUCCUGUUUUCAUACGCCCGCACGAAGCAGGUCCUUUCGAGCAUCAAAGUAGGGGCCGGAGUUAGGAAACCAAAUCGUCGAGCAGCCCGCGACCCGCGGUAACCCCGGGACGCCGCGUUAUACCAGGAGGAGGAUAUAUUCAGCAGGAACAGCGCGUCAUGGGCUGCAUCAACUCGAAGAAGGACGUAAACGAUGCGCAUUCCAACAUUUUCCACGUGAUUAACCUGGACGAUGAUGGAACGGAGCGAUGGAGCGGUCAGCUGGAGGUAUCGCGCACCGAGCUUACGCUUUAUCGGAAAGGCAAGGAUCCGACGACGUGGCCACUAAAGUGCUUACGACGCUACGGGUUCAAUGUGGAUCAGUUCAGCUUCGAGGCGGGUCGACGGUGUGCCACUGGCGAAGGCAUCUAUGCCUUCCGCUGCCGGAGAGCCGAAGCCCUGUUCUAUACCGUACAAUCGUACAUCCAGGGCCGUAUCUACAAUGACGAAACCACCAAUCCAAACGAUCCAUACCCGAUUCCGGUCGCUUCCAACGGGCCAUCGGUGGCAGCUCGUAGCGUUUCGCAAAACAACACAGCAACCCGAAGCACAGGAGGAGGAGGUGGCGGCGGUGGUGGUGGAGGACAGGGCCAACAGGGACCCGCGAUGCAGUGUACGUUCGUGAUGAAUCGUACCGGUAUGGCCACCAGUCAGUCACUCAGUCCGAAUGGUACGAUUCACUCCAACUCGAACCAAAGCCGCAGCACGGACACACUGGCCAUGGCCAUGGAGGGAAACUAUCUCGAGCCUACACCGAACCGCACGGGCACAGGGGUGGCCACGGCUGGUGGGCCAACGACCGUGGUGCAACCACACACGAUCACAACACGAUUCCAGCAGGGAUUACGCCUAAGCUCGGUCAGCAGUGGUCCGAUCAGUCCGGAUAUAACGUCACCGGGUUCACCGAACAGCAUGACCAAUAUCCUCGAGGUCACCACGCUCAAUCCUCUGCCGACCUCGCAUACGAGUGGAAGCGUACAUCAGGGUGUGAGCAAUCUGUACCAAGAGUUCCCGGUAAAGGACACGACGGCACUGCAGCAUCAGCUCCAUCUGCACCAUCACCAUCACCAUGUGCAUCAUCCGAUCGGAGCGAGUAACGUCGCUGUCCCCGGUGCCAACCUACCCGGUGGUGGUGGUGGCAUACUGGUACGCACCUCAAUGGAUGUCCCACCACAGGAACUAGCACCGGUCGCCGUCACGGGAACACACAAUCCAUCAUCGGCCUUACUUUGCGAUCCCAGCAUAGUCGCUUCCACUGCCGUCGAGCCGUGUGGUGGUGCCGGUGGUGAUCUUCCUCCGUCAACCCCGGACGGACUGGAUCCGGGACGAAUGUACAUGAAUGUAAAUAUAAGCGCCUCGGUUGGGGAUGGAAAUGCCAACGCAAUCCCCGGUGGUCCCGCUAAGGCGAAGAAGGCGGCCGCAUUCAGCAGCAAAAGCAACUCGAGUCUGAUUUCGAUUUCAAACUUCAACAACAACAACAACAACAACAGUACCCACCAUAGUACGGGAUCGUUCGAUGAGGGCCAGUAUCAGAACGUACGGACACCGACCUCAAGUGGGCCAACCGCUGGAGGGUGCACCAGUGUCGUGAGUGCCGCAGCAGCCCCAACUGGCAACAUCUUUGCUCAGUUUCAUCGGCUAAACAGUAGCAGCGCGGUUACGGGACCGGAUCCGACUCGCUUUUACGAGAACCUGGAACCGGCCGAAUUGAAAGCGAGCCUCCUAAGGGGUGCUCCACGCUGCUCGAAGCCCGACAUCUUUAGUAAUGUAGAGCUACCACCGGUGGAACAUUCGGAACCGUGCACACCGACGGCAACUGGCAAUUCCGUUGCGGCUGCUGCUGCUGCUGCCGCCAUUGCCGCCGCAGGAGCCCAUGUACGCAAGGUCAACUACAUCGUGCUCGAUCUCGAUCAGUCUAGCUCAUCGCACAACAUUAGCGGAUCUACUGGUUCCAGUGGCAACGGUACCGGAGGGGUACUGUCACCGACCGGAUCCGUUCCGGGUGUAACGCUCAAUGGUAAUGGCAUCCCGAAUGGUAGCAUUCCGAUCGGUACGGGGGGUGGUAGCAACGGAACGAGUAAUGGUAUCAACAACAAUAACAACAAUAGCACCGUUGUUAACCUGAACGGUGUCGCCACGACACCCCUCAUCGGAACGGGAACCGGUAUUGGCGAGCGGGGGGGUGUUGUGGUGGGAAGCGUCGCAACGGUGACCACCGUUGCCACCGGUGUUGGUCUGUUGCCACCGGAGAGCCCGAAGAAAGCGUCACUCGGGUACGCAACGAUCGAUUUCAACAAAACCGUCGCCCUCAGCAACUCGACCACACCGUCCUCGGAGCUGGACAGUGAAGGGUCGCGGAAAACACGCCACAACUCCACCGUCACACCGCUCGCACGGCAAAGCAAUUCCGUGAGCGAUUAACCACCGGUCUAAUAUGGCGCUAGGAGACCCACGGAGGUGGUGGUCCGAAGCCCGUGCAUUAAUGUUAACGGUUUUCUUGUUUUGUUUUUAGGACAAUUUGAUACCACAUCCUCCUAUCCCCCUUGUUCCUAUCCCUUGUUCAAUCAGUGCAAUACGUGGUUCCUACCUAGGCCAGCGAUAGGAAGAAAGAGAGCGAAAGAGAACCCUGCAGAGAAAGGAGUUUUUGAAGACGCAAAUGAUGAUAUUAGGCGAAUGAUGAUCAAACAGUUAGUUUAAUGGAAUCGUUUUUUCCUUUUUUCUUUACUGUAGGCCACUCUAUUUAUAAUAACUGCAACUAUUUUGCAUCCGUGUGUGUCUCUGUGUGCGUAUUUUAGUAUAUCAUUUUAUGCACCGAGAAAAGUACGUUUAAGUUUUACUCUAUUCGUAUAUAUGUUUAGAAACGAUUUUAGGUGAAUUUUUAAACCCCUUUUUUAUCGCUGAUAAUAGUACAUUUUUACACCAAAUUUAUUCCCAACUUGAGAGGACCCUAAGGCCGCGUGUGUUAGGUUCAUAUUAGUUUUAUUAGAGUACUUUUUUAAGCAAGGAACAUCCCUCUGUUCGUCCCGUUGACACACGAUCAUCACUUGAUAAUGAUCCCGAUAGAGCGAUAACAACCGAGAGACGAUGGUGCCAAAGAACAACAUCACGAUCAUCACGUGAACACGUGGAUCAGGGCAGGAGACAGUGUUUCUAGGCCGGACUAAUGCUAGUACAUGUUUCACUUUUCUACCAUCUAGCAGUCCACGCGGGAACGGAAACAUCGAUCCACGAUCGGGCGAUCGUUUGCACAAUGAACCAAAGCAGGGGCUCAAACGAAACGGAAACCGAUUGUACCAAAAACAAAAAAAAACUACAAAGCUAAACCCAGAAGACGAGGGAAUGUAACCACCAAAGGAUAUCGUAAGGAACGCCGGUGUACGCACACAGUUGUCGUUAGUUUUAAGAGAGGGUGAAGUUAAUAUUAAAGCUAAGCACGAGCCGGUCACAGCGUGUUACAAGUCAGGUGCCGCAUUAGGCCGCAUCAUAAUGAGAAAAAAGACCGAGUACGACGGAAAACCCCAUACUAAUUGUAGCCAAAAAAAUCAUGUGUUAGCUAAGCGAGUACGAGUGCGAGAGCAGCGUGAUGAGAGUGUUGUGUAUUUAUUAGCUAAAUUGAAGCGUAUUAGGGCCUGAGGUAACAAAGAAAAGAGCCACAACUACCAGUGAUUCGUUAAGUUUGUUCAUUUUAGAUUUGAACUGAGACAUCGCAGCUAGUUCGUAAGACUGUACGAUGAAAGAAUCCCCCGGUGAAACGGAACCCACCAGGUCCUUGCUGGGUUGAAAAACGGGAAGAGUGGUAACAUGGGGUGGAUCAGUAGUACGCUAGGCUACCUUUCGUGUUACGGGGGAGUAACUUUCUCUGAGCAUAAUAUUUCUUUUCAAAGUGAUGGCAACAUGUUACACGCACUCUAUCGAUGGAAGCUACAGACCAAAUAAACUGGAAUGCCAAAUACACAUCCUGUUACACCACAAAAA